AUGGUUCUGGGGUGUUUCCCUUUGAAAGGCAAGAAGAAACGUGGCUCUGUUUCUAUGAAGCGGUUGGAUAUUGAAGAAAGCAAGCCAACUGCUUUACCGGAGCCACCGAAGUUUCCAAGUCGUAAUCUACAAUCUGCUCCUCCGAGUUUCAGGACACGAGUGAAGCCCAUUCACUCAAGUAACGGUGGAGCCGGGGAGAUGAGCAGCCGGGCAAGAGUGAUGUCUGCUCCGUCAAGCAUUCACGGUGCAGCGGAACGGGACUUUCUUGCAGGAGUCAACACCGAGGAGCAAGAUGAGCAGCCGAGAGAGCCUCGCAGCUCUACGAAAGAAACUAUCCCACAACCGCUUCCGCUACCGUCUCCAAAGACUGGCUCUUCGCUGAAGAAUUGGGGAAGCUUUAAAUCGUUUAACGGAAGCAGCGGGAGGUUAUCAUCCGCCGCAUCUGGGCCUCUGCCUUUGCCACGUAGCGGGACAGUUAGGAGCUUCACGUAUGAUGAAGUUGUAUCUGCUUGUUGCGCUUUUGCUUCAGACCGGUGCGUCUCGGAAGGUCUUUCAUCUGUUAUGUACAUGGCCUCCUUUGGUGACGAGGCCUCGACCGCAAGCUUAAAGAAGGUCGAGGCAACUGUUGUGCGACUUCACGUGACAACUCAGAGUAUGAGGGAGUUUAUCAAUGAAGUGAACACAUUGGCGUCGCUGCAACACCAGAAUCUGUGCAAAUUGGUAGGCUAUCACGCCCGUGAUGGAUCUGACACGAGAAUGUUGGUGUACGAGAGGCUUGCUCAUGGAAGCUUGGACCGGCUGCUUCACGGGAGAUCAGAUGGGCCUCCGCUUGACUGGAACACUAGAAUGAAGAUCGCUCUAUGCGCAGCUCAGGGUCUAACCUUCUUACACGAAGAAGGCCCGUUUCAGGCAAUGUACAAUGAAUUUUCGACGGCCAAUAUCCAAGUCGAUAAAGAUUUCAGCGCGAAGCUUUCAGGAUACGGUUGCGUAGGCCAUGCGCCGGAGACGGAGACCUCUAAUAGCUCAGCGCUUGCGAAUCUCUCGGUGGAGACGCUAGAGAGAGGGCUUCUGACACCGAAGAGCAACGUGUGGAGCUAUGGAAUAGUCCUUCUUGAGAUGUUGACGGGGCGUAAAAACAUGGACGGGUCACACCCGAAAGAAGAAAGGAACUUGGUGAAAUGGAGCCGAGCUUUUUUAGCAGACGAUUGCAGGCUCUCGCUUAUAAUGGAUCCUCAGCUUAAAGGGCGGUUUCCGGCGAAAGCGGCGCGGAGCAUAGCGGAUAUAGCACAGAAAUGUCUGCAGGUGGAGCCAUCGGAGCGUCCCACCAUGAGAAACAUAGUGGAUCAGCUCAAGAUCAUACAGGACAUGAAGUACUCGUGUAGGUUCCCUUUAAGAGAGCCCGCACCAGUCGCGCUAAGGAAACAUAUGGGAAGAUCAAGCAGUCUCAACACUAUCAUUUGGACCCCGGCGGCAGCAGCGCCGCCGAGGACGAGUUUCUCACCGUCGCCUCCACCACGACGACCGUCAGUUUCGCCCACAAGGGGACGGACGCUCGUGUUCCCGCCAGUGUUUCCGCCACGAGUAUGUUCGUCGUUGGAGGAUAUGAGUAGGGAAGAGGUACGGAGAUUGUCAUCGGCCAGUGGUAGGAGAACUAGCCUUGAAGGCUAUUGA